AUGAAUCCGAAUAAAAUACUGACAGAAUGGAAGGACUAUAAACGAAAAGGCCAUCCAGCUGGAGAAUGGACUAGGUUCCGGGAAUGGUUAUGGCAGGAGAUAGAACCAAUAUUACAAGAGUUUAUUGCAUACAUGCAACAGAAGGACAUGUGGGACGUUUACGGGAGCAACUGCAACAACCAUUUUUAUUACCACAGUGGAACAGGGUAUGAGCACCACGUUAAGUGGCCCGGUACCAAGGUUAUGUGCAAAAUUAUGUCCACAGCACUAUUCUUCCUAACCGACACCAAUGGGUUACUAGAUUUUACGCGCGACGCGGAUGAGCCAGUACAAAAAUUAAGACAACUUAUAGGGUGCACAAUUGUAAAUGUGUUUAUGCAUAUACUGGAGGCGACCGUAUGUGAGGGACACUGGGGGCUAGAGUAUGCCUGGUACGUCAUGAGGGAGAAGAUGGAGGGGACGCCGACCAACAUUAUAAAAAGGAAGGAAUGUGUCGAAGGGUUCAUAGACAACGUUAACCUUGGGAGUUGGAGUAUGAAGGCAAAAAUUAAGGAGUGGAUACAGAAGAACACGGACUUACGUACUUGGGCCCAGGAUACAGAAAUUAAAAGGAUGUGCCCAACUGCCCCAGAAAAGAGUACAGAGGCGCAGAGAACAGGGAAGGGAGAGGGUAAAUGGCAGGAGGGGGGGCCAAGUACAGACACAUAUGGAGAACAGGAAGUAAGGGCACACAUGGAGACAGGACUCAAACGCGUCAUAGGAAGCGGCAUGCACGAGAUAAUGACAAAGGUGGGUGAACAGUUGGAAGCAGGAAGCAAGCCACCGAACACUGGACAACCGGGUACAGGAGCAAGGAAGCCAGGAUCGGGGACACACGCAGCUGCGGGACCCAAUGCGCCACCCACGACACCAGGAGGAGCACAACAGGACAGCAAGAAGGACACAAUAAGUGAAGAGGACAACACGCAUGCAAAGGAUAAACCAGGCAACACGGAGGGAGCACCAGCACAAGGGAAAACGGCAGAUGGAGCAGAUACGAAGACACCAAAGGACAAGAAGAGUGAUUCUGGAUCCUCGGGACUUGAGGGAACAGGGGGCGCAAGAGCAGGGUCAACGAAAGCAAAGGACACUAACAGCCCCAACGCAGCAGGAUCCGAUGAUGAAGGCACGGGCGCCACACAACCAGGACCACAACCACCACCACAAGCACCUGCAUCCCCAGUACCAUCAUCGCCACCAGCAUCGAUCACUCCCCAGGCAGAACCAGCACCAGCAGGCGGAUCUGCCGGUACAGGCAGUACAGGUAAUAUCGGAUGUCACGACAGCGGCGUCACAUCCUCCAGUGUAUCUGUUACCUGUGGUACAUAUACUGCUCCGGGCUUGGAAGCCCCUCGUAUUCCUCCGGGUGUUGCGGUCAUAGAUGAGGAUGCUAACACCGGCCCAGGUACUGGUGACACUAAAGACGUGACGGCACCGGACCACAAAAACGGAGUAUCACAGUCUCCAGAACUGACACCAGGACCUGGGCCAUCACCUGCAUCUCCCGAGGCACAGCCGGCACUGCCGGCACCACCGGAAACACCAGUAGAAACAACCACUACCACGUCCACGCAGACACCGUCUGCAGCGGAACCCGGGGCACCGGGUCCACCUGGACCACCGGGUCCCUCUGGUCAACCAGGUGCAGCAGGUGAAACGGGUGAAAAAGGUGCAACCGGCGCCCUCGGUAACAGUAGUGCGGAUGCCGUCGUCGAUGGCGGCAACGAUGACCCCCCUCCUCUCAAUCCACCCAAACCGAAUCCGAACCCAGAUCAAUCGGGGAGCGGCCCCGGCGGCACCGGCGCGGGCGGUCUACCAGAUGGUGCUGGUGGUGGAGCAGGACGUGGAGGCGGGGGAGGAAGUGGAAGUUCCCCCAGUUCAACCACAAGCCGCGCUACUGCUUCUAAUGGAGACGAUAAGGAAAACAACGCUGCCGACAGUAAAAUGCAGGCUGAAAAUGUUGGAUUUGAAUUAGACCUUAAACCAUACAAAGGGGGCCUGGAUGGAUCAUAUGCACCACCAAGCCCAGAGGUUACAGCAUCUGAUAAACCAGUUACAAUUCCGGGGCGCUCGAAAGAUGAUGACGCUAUCUCCCCCAUCUUCACUGCAAAGGACAUCUUCCUUUCUUCCUCUGUUCUUAUCUUCGUUGCAUCCGUCACUUCCCUUAUCGUCCUCUAUUCCCUUUGGAAAAAAUAUUGCAGCAUCUACAACGCGGCGAGCCGCCACCAGAUUACGGAAGUGCUACACGAAUGUGAAGCGGCCGAAUGGGAAAACGUCAAAGACGACUAUUGGCAGAUUGUCGUGCAGGAGUUUGCGCCCGACUUGGAACAGGAAGAGGACACGAAUAACAAUAUCUUGGGUGUUUCUACCUCACACGCCGCUUUAGCAACCCACGAUUCGACAACCCGCGCUCCACCCACUGACUUCGACGGAACAGAUCCAUGUCCACCACAUGACCCCGAUCCAUGGAGUUGUAUGGAAACCAUACAGUCAGAAACGGACCCUUGUCCACCGAAUGCAGCGGACCCCGAUGCAUGUAGUUGUAUGGAAACUAUACAGUUAGAUGCACCACACAGUCGUGCCCCUACUGUUCCGGGGGACGCGACGUCGCAUUGCACCCAUUGGAUUAACUGGAUUGACCGCAACAAAGAUAUUCUGCGGGAGUGCACGGGGCACACGUGGUUUUUGCAAUUAAAAGCGGAUUGGCAACAAUACCUGCGCGAGCACAUGGUGGCAAACGAGCACAACGUAGUAUACGGGCACCGUGAACUCGGUGAUGCGGCAACCAUGGAACGGAAGAAAUUGGACCUGUGGAAAGAAUGGGUAGCGCAACAACAUGCGCUUAUGCAUAUAUAUGGUGCGGAGGAGUGGUUCCAACAUUUGUUGCAUACUGUUGCGCACGAGACCACAGAAGAGACGGGAUCCCAGAGGGAACAAACUUUUCACGCAAACAACAUCCCUACAGCACAGGAAGGAGCAACCGACGCAGCAGCACAAAAGCGGGCCCCUGAAAAUAUACCGUUGACGAAGGUAAAAGAACCAGAACAGCAGCACGACCACUAUCCGGAAUUGCGACAUACGGAGCACUUAACCGCUCACAAACUGUGGAUGCUCGUCCUAUCCUUACUUAUUGAGGAAUGUGACAUGGAGCAGAAUAUGAAGGAGACGGAGUUAUAUGUAGAUGACCUAUUGGAGCAACUGUGA